CGCGGCCUCGCCCACCUCUCCGUCCGCGUCGUGGCCGGCCGCGGCUGGCGCGGCGACCCGCUGACCGCCACGGACGCCUACGUCUGGGUCAUCUUCGCCGACCGCCGCGCUCGGACCGCCACGGCCUGGAACAGCGAGCGUCCACUCUGGGGUCAGCGGCUGGAGCUCGGCCAGGUGCGGCUGCGGCCGGACGCCCACCUGGAGCUGCAGGUGUGGGACGAGGACCACGGCUGGGACGAUGACCACCUGGGCACCUGCCGGUGGCCGCUGACCGCCGGCGAGUGGCCGGAGAGGUCGUGCUUCGCCGGGAGCGGGCGGCUGGACUUCGCAGUGACCGCUCGGUGCGGCCCGGCUUUGGCCGGGUCGCUCUGCCACGAUUACCGGCCGGCCGCGCCGCCGG